AUGGCGAAGGCUAAGAAGGGGAAGAACGACGAGAAGGCGGCUAAGCUAGCUGCAAAGAAGCAGAAGCAGGCCAGCAAGGGUGAGAAGAAGGCCAAGACCAAGACUGCAAAGCUCGAGGGCAGCGAUGCCGAGGAUGUCGACCUCGAGCAAGUGCUUGAGGAGUACAGGAAGCAGCAGGAGCAAUUCCUGAAAGUCACCGAGACCGUGUGUGAGGGGCCGCCCAAGGCCCGAUCCGCUUCCACUAUCAUGGCCUCACCCUGUGACCGUAACAACCUGCUGUUGUUUGGCGGCGAGUACUUCAACGGCGCGUUGGCGCAGUUCUUCAACGACCUGCACAUUUACUACAUCGAUCGAGAUGAGUGGAGGUGCGUGACAUCGCCGAACGCCCCCUUGCCGCGUUCCGGACAUGCAUGGACAAGGGCGUCUAACCCAAGCCACGUCUACCUAUUUGGCGGAGAGUUCUCGUCGCCGAAGCAGGGAACCUUCCAUCACUACUCGGACUUUUGGCGGCUGGAGCCUGCUACGAGGGAGUGGACGAAGAUCGAGUGCAAGGGCAAAACACCUCCGGCAAGGAGUGGUCACCGUAUGACAUACUGGAAGCAGUACAUCGUCUUGUUCGGUGGCUUCCAAGACACCUCCAACCAGACCAAGUACCUUGCCGAUUUGUGGAUUUUUGAUACCCAAAACUUUACGUGGUACAGCCCGACCCUGCCUCCUGCGCAGCUAAAGCCUGACGCAAGGUCUUCGUUCACUUUGCUACCUCAUGAGCAAGGCGCUGUCCUGUACGGAGGUUACUCCAGGGUCAAGGCCACCGUGGCAGCCAACAAGCAGGCCAGGGGCUCAGCCCAGGGAUCGAGGAACGUCCUAAAGCCCAUGGUGCAUGACGAUUGUUUCUUCCUCAGAAUGUCUCUGCCGGCAGAUGGGUCACCUCCAAACGCGCCUCCCAUCGUCCGCUGGGAACGACGUAAGAAGCCUGCCAAUGCCCCCAGUCCCAAGCGUGCGGGUGCUACCAUGGCGUGGCAUAAGGGACGUGGCAUCUUGUUUGGAGGUGUGCACGACGUGGAGGACAGCGAGGAAGGCAUGGACAGCGAGUUCUUCAGGGAGCUCUUCGCGUGGAACAUUGAGCGAAACCGCUUCUUCCCACUGACUCUCCGUAAAGCUCGCCAGCAGAAGAAGGCCAACCUGGCUGAACAGCGCGGUGGUCGUCGUGCGCGAGCCCAGGACCGUGAGGACGAGCUCCUCCGUCAGUUGGCUGCCCUUGAGACGGGCAAGUCUCUGGAGGAUGCUGACGAUGUGGAGUUGGAUAAGAAGGAUGAGGAGCCGGAAGAGGACGCAAAACCUCUGCGAGACAUGCCGGUAACGAUGGAGCUACCCCAUCAGCGUUUCAACGCCCAGUUGGCUGUCCAAGACGAUGUGUUGUACAUUUACGGCGGCACAUUCGAGGCGAAGGAUCGCGAGUUCACCUUUGAUGACCUCUACGCGGUUGAUCUUGGAAAGAUGGACGGCUGCAAGGAGAUCUUCAACAGGCCCGUUGAUGACUGGGUCGAAUCCGAGGAUGAGGAAGACGAUGACGAGGAAGACGACGAGGACGAUGAAGACGAAGAGGAUGACGAAGAUGAAGAAAUGGAAGAGGAAGACAGGAAGCAGUCCUACAACACGCCGAGCAAGCGCAAGAAGCAGGGCGACGAUGCAUCCGUUGCCGGCUCUGAGACGACCGCGGCUUCGUCUUCAACUGCACCUACGAGCACCACUGAGGAUGAUGACACGGAGGCGGAGGCGACUGUGGACGACGGUCUUCCGCACCCGAGGCCCUUCGAGUCCAGGCGCGACUUCUUCGUGCGCACCACGAACGAAUGGCAGGAGAUUCUGAUGACCAACCUGCGCUGGAAGAACAUUCAGCCAGAGACGCUGGCAAUCAAGGAGCUCAAGGCCAAGGCUUUCGAGCUCAGUGAGGAGAAGUGGUGGGAUUGCAGAGAGGAGAUCACGGCGUUGGAGGAGGAGCAGGAGGCUGCUGGCAUUACGGAGGUCGUGUCCCUCGCAGAAAGAGGCGAUGCUACUGCUGCCGGUGGAGCGAGAAGACGUUAA